CGUGUGCAUGUCUUAGAUUUGGAUGCCUCUCCCGGAAGUCACCAGCGAGAUGAUUCCCCAGCCUGUCUGACCAGGGCUUCUGGCACACAGCAGCACUCCGCUGACCAUCUCUGGUCUCUGCAGUGGAGGUGCAGGCCAGGUCAGGAGAAGAGUCAGGCCCCGUUCCGGGGCAGCCCCUACUCCAUCCACAUCCUUAGCUCUGCCCAACUAGAAUUGGAGCCCUGCUGUCUGAGGGUAGCUGAGAAGUGUCACUCUGGUUACCCGGCUCCUCAAAUCCCAGUGGACAAAAUAAUUUUUACCACAACACACACCCCAGGGUGUAUUUUUCUUGAAGUAGAUGAAAGCUCACACCUGCCGCACCUGCUGCGGGAUGCUCCCUGGGCAGGCACUUCUCAGGAGGACAGCUUUGUCUUCGUCUUAGAGUUUGCAGGCCGUCCUCCCUUUGAACAUUCACCCACCAGAUUUUAUACUCAAAAUGGAGAGCUCAUCCUGGAUUCCAGCUGCUGCAGUUUUGUGAACCCCUGGAGCCACAAGGUUGCCUUCAUCAUCGGUCAGCAUAAGGCUCAAACCCGCUUGCUGGUGGUACACCUCCACGGGCUCUCGGAACAAGCUGAUAUGAACAGGUGUUCUGGGUGUUCCGUCCAUGCCCGUCUGCCAUGGCAAAGGGCAAACUGGAUGAAGCAGUUACUGUGCGUGUGGUCAUCCUGUCUCUGUAGAACCAACGUUAAAAAUGCAUUGUUGAUCCUUACUGUGCACGUGUAUAAUUUUGGAGACUUACUUUUACUCUUCCCUAAGCUGAACCUGCAGCAGGUCUGCUCCAGAGUGAAGGAAAUUCAGAACCGUGGUCAGCAGCUCUCCGUUCGGUCCGCGACCAAACUGUCCACGCAGCCAGUGACAGAGAUGUGCACGGUGCCGCCUGGUGGUGGUGGUAGUGAGUCAGCAGCGCAGCCCAGAGCCCCGGCAGUCAUGGGUGUGAGCUCUGAGCAGAAAGCCUUGACCCUGGUGCUGGUUUUCACCUUUAUCUUCCCAGAGGGCAGUAGUAAUAUUACUAUAGUAGUAAAAUUGAUCAACUCCAUAAGAAGUGGUAGCAGCAAACACUGCCCGGGAGCUCAGUGGUUCCAGAGUGUAGCUGCAGCUCGUGUCUACACGAGAAUUCACGUUAUAUACCAGCAGACACGGGGGUUGGCCUCCCUGUUUGUGCUGUCUAUAAACCAAGACUUGACUUUAGAAUACAUUUCAGGAGUACAUUCCAAAUGGAGAGUCUUUAUGAUCUUACCUGUUCUUUGCUUCCUCACAAAGGUUUUUCAUGGCACAUCCUUUCAUUCCCUUCCAGAUGAGGAAAAGGCCUUUUCAUCCCCCAAAACACUGAAAAACAAAGAUGUCGAUACUGAGUCCUAUGAGGAUAUGAGGGGAGCACAGCACAGCCCCUCCUAUCAGGAGAUGAACUGUAUUGAUAGCAUCAUCGGAUACCCGAGGAGCUGCAGCGUCCCUGCUCUGAAGAGGAAGUGUGUGUCCUAGGCAAGCACAGUGUCCUCUGAGGGAGACAUGGCCGCUGGCCUCCGAGUCCUGCGAGGUCACAGCGGUGCCCUUCCCUGCUGGACAGAGAGGGUGCUCCUCAGCCGUCCUCUGCUCACGUUCCCCAGUAACUCUCACCUGCAUUUUCCGGAGCCCCCACCCCUAGAAACACGGCCAAUGGCUUUGGCCUUGGAAGAAUGGAAACGUGGCGGGCUCAUGAAGGCUGUCCUGCCCGCCCACAUACAGAAGGAAGAGCAGGAUUGUGACAGAUUCCCGGAAAAGAUCCUGGUGGUGCCAUACAGCUCCUGCCGUCAGCAGGAAGGCAGGAAGCAGAGUUCAGUGUUCCGGUGUGCAGAUCUCAGGGUUAGCCAUGGCCCCAGGCCCGCAGCCCAUAUUGGGUCCUCAGUGAAAGGGGAGUGGAGGAACACGUGGAGCCACGCUGAGAGGAGCGGCUCCCCCUUGCAGCUGAAUCAGGUCCAGGAAGUUCCCAGACCCUCCGAAUGUGCAGGUCACGUGAGAAGGAACGCGUGCCUGGAGCGGAGGACACGAGUGAUGCUGACCCUGAACACACAAGGCUCAGUAGUGGUAUUGAAAAAAGACUAGAUAGCACUAGAUCGCAUGAGGCAGCAACAGCCCCUGUCUUCUCGUGGGCAGAAGGAAGAGCUCGCCCAGGUGCACUCCUGGAGUCAGAACCACAUGUCCAUCAGGAACGAGACAGCUGGCCUGCACCGAGGCAUCUGUGCCGGAUCCCUGAAGGCCUCAAUUCUCCCCACGGCCUCUGCAGGGUGAUUCUGUCCCUGCUUUGUUGAUGCGUCUGUAGAUGGUAAACAAGCAGUCGCAGCCUGGGGGUUCUCUGGAUUCUGAGUCUGGGAUGGUGAAGAGUAAAGGCCCUGCUGUGAUGCGUGGUUGAUGAGGGAGCAGAGGGGUGAGGUGCACCUGCACAUGUUGGAAGGAAUGAAAGCUGCAGACUGACACCCGAGACACCUGGUGUUCACACCUGGCAGGACUUUGGUGUGACCGCUCUGCUGUUCUGAGGGCUUCUCAGUGAGAUCAUCUGUGAACAACCAGUGGUGCCAACUGGUGGUGGCGGCGGCCGGAGUGAUAGUGAUGAGGACUGUACUCAUGAUGAGCUCUUCGUUUCCACAAGGAUCAAAAUAAAGAAGCAGGCAUCUAGCCGAGUGCCAGGACCUGGGUUCGAUUCCCAGCUCUAGCUCCUGAUUCCAGCUUCCCACCAGUGCAGACUGGAGGAGCCAGUGAUGUGGUUCCUAACAGGCAAGUGGGACACCUGGGAUUCAGCCUGCCUGCAGCCCUGGGCCAGCCUGGGCAUGUGGGGAGUAAGCCAGCAGAUAGGAGCUCUUUCUCUCUCCUCCUGCCCCCCCAUCUCUGCCUCUCAAAUAAAAAUUUUUUAAAUGUGGGAGGGUGAAGAGUCAAGUUAAAGUUUUAACAGAAAAUAAAGUUAGACGUCCAAGAAAGUAUGAGAUUAAGGCUUAUGAAAGUCACUUAAAGCCUCCCCACCACAACCCCUUUUAAAAACUGAGUAACACUUUUUUGGUUGUGGGAAAAUGCACACAGUGCACAGGAAGUGUGGGGCCCCGAGGGGUCAGCACAUCCGGUUGGUUUCUCAGCCGUCAUCACCACUCGCUCUCCACUCGGCUCAUCUGCGAGCCCAGGUGGUGCCACUGAGCUGUAACCCAUCCUGCCCCUCAACCCUGUGACCACUGUUCUGCCUCCGCCGGAACACGUUCGAUGACGCUGGGCGCCUCGGGUGAGUGGAGUCACAGUGACUUCGUGACCAGCUUCUGUCUGGACCCCAGCUCUGCUUCUGUCACCGUUUCCACCCUUUCGCUUUCCACCUAUUUCUGUCUAGAUCUGAAGUGAGUCUCUUGCAGGUAGCACAGAGCAGGGUCAUGUUUUUUUUAACCUACUCUGCCAGUCUCUGCCUCAAAGUAAUUUCUGAUGAGGAGGGGCCUCCUAUGUCACUUGCUGUCUGCGUACACCUUACAACGUUUUGUCCCUUGUUUCUUGUGCUGCCGUCUUCUUUUGGGUCUGGUUGAU